AUGGAGUACGAACUGGAACAUCGAUCCUCUCACUCCUCCCGCACUACCCAUCCCGGUAAUGGCAUCGACUCACUACCACUGGCUAUCAUCCAUAACGAUGGAAACGAAACCUCAGGAAUCAUAGAACAACAAUCCCUCCACCCCGCCGACACCGGUACCCACGCCUAUCUCUUUCUACUAUCAAGCUUCAUCCUCGAAGCCCUCAUCUGGGGCUUCGCAUACACCUUCGGCAUCUUCCAACAAUACUACUCCACCCACCCGCCCUUUGACAGUGAUAAAUCCAAUAUCGCUGUCAUCGGAACCUGUAGUAUGGGAAUAAUUUACAUCAUUUCCCCGUUGGUAUUUGGGUUAUUGUUGGGGUUCCCAAAAUUAAAACGGUAUUCUUCUGCUUUGGGGCUUGUUCUUAUGAUCCCUGCGUUAUUGGGGUCGUCGUUUGCGAAUACGACGAGGCAGUUAUUGGUUUCGCAGGGGAUUGUGUAUGCAAUUGGAGCGAGUUUUGCGUAUGCGCCGUUGAUCUUGUUUAUGGAGGAAUGGUUUGUGAAAAAGAGGGGUUUCGCGUUUGGGAUUAUGUGGGCUGGAACCGGCGUCUCAGGAGUCGUAUUACCUCUCCUCAUGCAAUGGCUCAUGGACACCUACGGCUUCCGAACAACUCUACGUGUCUGGUCUGCCGUGUUGUUGGUCUGUAUCGGCCCUUUACUCUACUUUGUCAAACCGCGUAUCCCCAUCGCACAGAGUUCAAGCACUCGACCAUUUAAUCUUCGCUUCCUUCGAAACGGAAGUUUUAUGAUCUUUCAAUUGGGGAAUAUCAUUCAGGCUUUGGGCUUCUUCUUACCGACUAUUUACCUCCCGACGUACGCUACUAAUACCCUAGGCGUGAACGGGGUGGUUUCGUCGUUGACUGUUAUAUUGUUUAAUCUUGCCUCGGUGUUUGGGUGUAUUAUUAUGGGUGCAAUGGUUGAUCGGUAUCAUGCUACGACUUGCAUCCUCUUCUCAACGAUUGGAAGCACAAUUUCUGUGUUUCUUAUUUGGGGGUUUUCCAUAUCCCUAACACCUUUACUGAUUUUUUGUGUGGUAUAUGGUAUAUUCGCAGGCUCGUUUUCAUCAACCUGGCCAGCUAUUAUGCGCGAAGUCAAGAAUCGAGAAUCUUCCGUCGAACCGGCAAUUGUGUUUGCGUUUUUGGCCGCUGGAAGAGGUAUUGGGAAUGUUGCUAGUGGGCCCCUGAGCGAUGGGUUGUUGCAAGGGUAUCCAUUUCAGGGGGUUUUGGGUGGUGCUUAUGGAAGUGGGUAUGGGAGUUUGAUUGUUUUUACGGGUGUGUCGGCUUUGUUGGGAGGGUUGAGUGUGUUGGCGAGGCCGUUGAGGUUGGUUUGAUUAUCUACAAGGGUAGUUGGGAUAUGUAUAAAGCAGAUACCCCUCAAGAAUUUACGGUAUAUGCUUUUAAACCUUUAUUCCCCAAGAUAGGGAGGUAUAACGUUGAAGGUUUAUCAACAAGAUCUAGAACAAGGCUCUUGGUCUACUGUUGGGACUAACCAACCGACCAAGAAGCUGGUCGCAUGCUAGAUAGGCUAGUAUGACAGUAUAGUAUGAAAUGAUCAUGAAUCGUG